UCAUCAGCCACCGACCAAACAAGAAAAACUUAUCGUCAGUUACUGGAGGGUCCACACGGAAAUGAUAUUCAGGGCGAUUGUAGGCAUAUAUUUUUUCCUAAAUGUACAACUCUGAAAUUACUUUUAUUAUAGACGUCUAUAUUUUAAAUAGGCGCAUACUACAGGUAUUAAGAUGUUCUAAUCCAUCGGAUAUUUGUGUUUGGUAAACUCACAGGAAACGGUCAUUCAGAGAAACUCAAGAGAAACUCGCUUCGGGGUCUUGAUGCUGUUAUCAUUCGCUGGCUUGGAUAGCCACUUGUAGCUAACGUUAGCAAACUUUUAGCCAGUUUAAAAAGUAAUUCGGGGCAAUUAGUAGGGAUAGUCGUAACUUGAGAGAGUCUUUUCAGCAAAAUAACUUCUUUCUUGAAGGGACUACCACAGAAGUACCAAAGAAGAACUUCGACAACUAUUACGUGAAGUUGUCUCGAGCGAAAAUGAAACAUUUUACUAUAAGCUAGCAGCUAAAGUUCAUUAGCUAGCUAGUCGACAAAAGACAUCCGUGGAAAGUAGGUAUGGUGUUGAAACUUUUUAAAGUUUCGAAGAUAUAGUUCGACCACUCCGGACGUUAGCUCAUCCAGUCUUUAUCUAUAUUGCUGUCUAAUAGAGCAUAGUAAGCUAAUGAUGCGGGAUUCAACAGUGAAUUUCAGCGUUCUUCACAGAACAUGCAAAUUACUCGUCCUUCUAUGUUUUCUCCAUAUUUCAGUCACUUUAAUUUUUUACGUGAGGUCGUUAGAAAUUCCAUUUGCGUUUGCACAAAUUCGACAAACGCAUUCAGCGAAGAGUGACCAAACUACUUCAAAGGGCACGGAACCUGACCGGGUUGGAACAAACAUUUCUGUCGAUACCGUGACUACAGUCACCAACAAACUUGAAACAUGUCCUGAGACAUCGCCUCUGCUUGUGGGCCCCCUUCGCAUAGAAUUUUCAAAUCCAGUCAGCCUGGAUCUCGUGAGGAAUGAGAACCCCAAUCUCCAGAACGGGGGGCGCUUCAAGCCCAAAGAUUGUGUGGCCCUUCAGAAGGUGGCAAUCAUCAUCCCGUUCCGUAACCGUGACGAACACCUCAGGUUCUGGCUCUACUAUCUCCAUCCCAUUCUUCAGCGCCAACAGCUGGACUAUGGUGUCUAUGUCAUCAACCAGGACGGUGAAGAGGUGUUCAACCGGGCCAAACUCCUCAACGUGGGAUACGCAGAGGCCUUGAAGGAGUACGACUAUGGCUGCUUCGUGUUCAGCGACGUAGACCUCAUCCCAAUGGAUGACAGGAACACCUACAAGUGCUUCAGCCAGCCCCGGCACCUGUCUGUCUCUAUGGAUAAGUUCGGCUUCAGGUUGCCAUAUAACCAGUACUUUGGGGGCGUGUCAUCAAUGAGCAAGGAGCAGUUCCUCAAAAUCAACGGCUUUCCGAACAACUACUGGGGCUGGGGAGGGGAGGACGAUGACAUUUUCAACAGGCUGAGCUCCAAGGGCAUGUCCAUCUCACGGCCUAGCGGAGCCGUGGGGAAAUGUAGGAUGAUCCGCCACGACCGAGACAAGAAGAACGAGGACAACCCGCAAAGGUUUGACCGCAUUGCCCACAACCAGGGAGACAAUGAACAAAGACGGCAUCAAACCCUGGAGUACAAAGUGGUCAAAGUGGAGAAGGAUCAGUUAUACACCAAAAUUACUGUGGACGUGGGGAAAAAAAUAAGUCUGAAAAACAUUAACAGCCUUGACAACCAAUUUGUCGCUGUUGUGGAUAUAGUUACCAAAUGUGCCUUGAUGCUAGAAACAAUGAUAUGGGCCCUUUGGACCACAGAGAAUGACUGAUCUGAUCAGUGAACAAAACCAUAUUUCUUAAUAUUCCCUUUAUUUUUUUACAUUUGCACAUCCAAUUGUGAAUUGAACUGGGAUUCCAGUGUCUAGAUUAUAGGAUUCUUAAAUCGUUCACACCAGGAAAGAUGUUUGACAAUCAGUGAUUUGACACUCAUGGUGUCCCAUCAGGCUGAAAUGGCCACCACUCUCUCUGAAGACAGCUGCUGAGACCCUUUGUGAGCCAUUUUGUAUUGGGGAUUAAAUUAGCCUGGCUAGUGAAUUGUCUAAUCGAUUGCCCUAGGCAUUCUGGGACUGUCGUUCUGUCCAUCUCUUGUCUAUGUGUUGUGGUUUAGGUUCCUGUUGGGAUGGUUUUAGUUGUCAUCCUUGGAAUGGCUUUUUGCUAGUCUUGGGGCCCUCUGCCGAUAGCGCAGGUUGUUAACCCAUACAAAUCAAAGAGCUUGUUUUGUUAAAACAACCAAAUAACUACUUUAACACUGCUGUGCUCUAAUGUUCCACUCAAAGUAUCUGGAACAUGUGGGCACACAAUUCCAAAAACACCUUGUUGAAAAAGCCAGUUGCCAUUGUCGUUCCUAUUAGCCAUUCUGUUUCCCACCGUUAAUGGUCCUUGGGACCAUGUGAAAAGAUGGCGAAAAUGCCUCUGCUGGAUCUUCCUCCCCUGUGAAGAGCACCGUCCCUGGUAGCCUGGAAGGAGGCCUCUUUUUUAUUUUUUGGAGGAGAGCCACCUGAAUGUAUUUGCCUGGUGUUGUGCAAGUUUAAACCUUGAGGUAAAUUCUACCAUGCUGUUUUCUAUCACUAGUGUCACUAGUAUCACUAGUGACUGAUUUAAUUGUGCUUUUUUUGUGUGGUUGAGGAAACGGGGUUCUAUGCAGAAAGGAAUCCUCUUGUAUUCAAUGAAUGUUUUUAAGGAGGUGUGGGAGGAAAAAACUGAUCAGCCAGUGUUUCCCCUGUAUUAAUUUAGCAGCCGUGGACUAAAUUGUUGCCACCACAUCAAAAGUAUGUAACUUGAAAUAUAUACAUUGAAGUCAUAGUAGAUACAUGUAUAUUUUUUAUAUAAGGAUGUAUACAGUACUAUAGGAAUAAGAAAUGGCAUUUAAAUGGAUAGUGAUUUUUGGCGACUACGCCCUUUUUCUACUUACCUAUAGUCCAAUAAACGUAUGGACUUAUGUCUACAAGCAGUUUGUAGAGAGUUGCUAACUAGUUUUAGUGCUCUCAGCACAAUGACUGGACAUCUAUAGGAGCGGCUAGCAUGCUAGUGCAACCAUUGCCACUGCUGCUGAAAGAAAUCCAAGGGGAAGCACUACAGUUUCAAACGUGUACUAACUAAAAACCCUGAAAGGCCACCGUUCACCACAUUUUCUUACAGAUCCCUGGAAUGCUUCUUUUACAGUGAAAUCUACUUAAGAUUGUUCGUUGUGGGGCAGAACGUUGCACAAUACAAGUAGUUCCUCAGUCUUAUUGUGGAGAAAAGCCAUUGAGAUUAGUAAAUUCUAGUGGUCGGAUGUAUCAAUAUAUGGUAACCGUGGGCUCUAUGCUUAUCAAUAUUUGGUAACUGUGGGCUCUAUGCUUAUCAAUAUUUGGUAACUGUGGGCUCUAUGCGUAUCAAUAUAUGGUAACUGUGGGCUCUAUGCGUAUCAAUAUUUGGUAACUGUCGGCUCUAUGCGUAUCAAUAUAUGGUAACUGUGGGCUCUAUGCUUAUCAAUAUUUGGUAACUGUGGGCUCUAUGCUUAUCAAUAUUUGGUAACUGUGGGCUCUAUGCGUAUCAAUAUUUGGUAACUGUGGGCUCUAUGCGUAUCAAUAUUUGGUAACUGUGGGCUCUAUGCGUAUCAAUAUUUGGUAACUGUGGGCUCUAUGCGUAUCAAUAUAUGGUAACUGUGGGCUCUAUGCUUAUCAAUAUAUGGUAACUGUGGGCUCUAUGCUUAUCAAUAUAUGGUAACUGUGGGCUCUAUGCUUACUCAUGUGUGUUCUUCUCCUGACCGCUUCUUAACUCUAUCAGCCGCCGCUGUCUGGAGAAUAUUUACAUUGACAGCCAUUUCUGCCUUAACCAAAUAAACUUGAAAGAACUGCAUUAAUUGGUCAGUUUUGAGACUAUACUGAGUACAUAUGCACCUUGAAACGAUGGGUGUAAGUAUUACAUUUAAGUGCUGAAUCCAAGUCUGUCAUUUCCUAGCUGUUCCCCAAAAACGCUUUCCAAGAUGUUGAACGAUUGUUGGCUAAGUUGCUACGAGAACAUAUUGUACUCGGGCCCCGACUGCAGAAGCCAGCCACUCACGCAUGCGCCGUGCGCGCACAGACACAGCCUAUAUAUAUUUUACACUGUAGAGCAGAGAACUUUCGUGAUGUCAUGGGGUUUCCCUUCCAGCUGUAUACCCAAAGGACUUUAGUUAAUAUCACAGGCCUGUUCAACCUUGGUGAACGUUGUGUACAGAAAUGUGAUUAUUUCUUGUGAAGUCGUGGUGAAUGUGGGUUUUCUGUGUGCAACACAGCUUUAUCAUCCAAAAUGAGAUUUUGCCACAUAAACCUAAGCCUCAACAGCCUCCUCUCUGUACGCAUAGAUUACUUUGUCUGGUAGCGACAUUCAGGAGCUCGCAGUAUAGUCUUGCGCUAUGCUGUCUUGCUCUGCAAGUCUGGCAUGCAGGUUUCAUUAGCUAGCGAUGCAUACUUUAUUUUUUUUUCUCUUUUUACCUCUGUUGUAAGGUUCCUCCCUGAGACAAUGGCCUUUGUCGAUUAAAGCCAGCUGUGUGUAUGUCAGUGUUGAUUCGUAUGUUUAACAAAUGUUAGCUGGGUAAUCUGUAAGGCCUGCACCCUCUGUUUUACUUGGGUUGUUUUCUGUUUCCAUUAUGAUUCAGUGAGUUUGUGUCCACGUCUGUGUAUACUUGGAGUUAUGAAAAAUGCAUGUGUCUUUGUAAAUCUGUUGCAGUCUUUCCCAGAUGUAAUUCCAAAAGUGUUUUCCUGAUUUGUGGGAAUGUUUGAUGAAAUGUUUAGGUAAUUAAAUUAUUUGAUUUUAAUUAAA